GAGCGUUUCAAAAGAAGACGACUUGUUAAAGACAUGACAAUGGCUCCAGCAUCAGCAGCUGAUGGAUGCUGUGGACCACCAUAAGCAGCACAGGCUGGGGUCCACAGCCCCUGGUCUGUCUCGGCAUCUCAAGGUGGAUUUGCCUAACCCUGACCCUUACCCAGAGGAGACUACCACUACCACCAUUAAUAUGGACCUGCACAUUGCCAAGGAGAAUAACAAUGAGGUGAGAUGGAGGCCUGCAAAUAUUCCAGUACCUACAAGUCAUAUUUUAAAUAGCAAUUUAAUAGUCUUUAAACAGUAAUAUAACGAAAACACAAAUGCUAUGAUCCAACAAAUGUAGGCUAUUUUAUUAAAAAAAUAAUAUAUAUACUUUGAGCGUGUGGAAAUCAAAGGUAAGCGGGACAAAAAGGUCCCUGUCUUACUCAGCCCAGACAUGGUGUCCUCCAUACAGAUGCUGGUGACUUAUCGAGGACGAUGUGCUGUGCCACCUGAGAAUGUGUAUUUGUUUGGUAGACCUGAGGCAGAAAGUCACGUCAGAGGAUCUGAUGCCAUCCGUGCCUUUGCACAUGAAUGCGGGGUGAAGGACCCUCAAACAUUGACAUCGACAAGAUUAAGGAAACAAAUGGCAACAAUGUCACAAGUUCUGAACUUGAAAGACAAUGAGGAGGACUGCCUCGCAGGUUUUAUGGGUCACAACAUCAGGGUCCAUCGACAAUAUUAUCGGCUCCCUGAAGGGACAUUACAAGUUGCCAAAGUUGCUUAUGGCCUGUGAGAGAGGCGAGCUAUCACAAUUUAAAGGCAUGACAUUGGACGAGAUCAGCAUUGAUCCAACUGAGGAAGUACCUGACGACGGCUCUCUAUCUGGAAGUGAAGAUGAAGGUGUGAUGUCGAGUUUAUCCUCCAACUCAUCAGGUCUAAGACCAGUUGAGAGGACAACUACAGAGGAGGACCAGGAGUCUGAAUCACAGCUAACCAGAGGUAGAUCAAGGACCUGGACAAAGGACCAUGAGUCUGCCUCAUCACAUCCGAGAAAAGGAGUGUCAAGACCUGUGAAAAAGAGGACACCUACAGAGGACCACGAGUCUGAUACAUCACAGCCAGAAGAAAGAAAGAAAAACGAUUCAUCAAGAAAGAAGAGGAAGAUGUGGAGCAAAGAAGAAAUCCAAGCUGUGGAACAGGAGCUGAUGCACAGCAUUAAGACUGGCAAGGUUCCUGGUAAAGCACAGUGUCUUGAAUGUAUCCGUGCAUUUCCAGAGGCACUUAAAGGUAGGACCUGGGAUGCUGUCAAGUACUACGUGAAAAACAGAAUAGACGCUUGGAAGCGGCAGUCAAUGUCACACUAACUGCAAGUUGUUCUUGCUCUUUUGUGUUCGAAAGAGGCAGUUCUAACAGUGACCAUCGUUUGAUCUGAGUCAUAAUUUUUUAUUUAUUUUAAGAGGUACAAUUUGUAUCGGUUGUGCUACAUUUAAAAAUGUUAUUACCAUGUUUGUGUACUAUAACCAUUUACUUGACUGUUUAUCUUGCAUGGGAAAGAGAAGAGUGGUUACAUCAAGAAGAGUUCUAUUAUGUUUGAUCCUUGUACUACAAAAGAGAUAAACCUUGG